AUGCUUGGCAUCUACAGCAACGAUGGCAGCAGUCUUAACCUGCAUGGCACCAAGAUGGGCUUCCAUGGCAAAAGCAUAAAUCUCAUGACUUCAGGCUCUGCUACCACUGCAGCAUUCGGACAUUGGGAGGCUUCAGCCUGUGCUGUAAUGGAAGCUGAGUCUCAGCCAUCAGAGUCUGGAAGAGGUUUCCUGAAACUGAAGGUGGUUGAUGAGAAGGAAGCAACUCCCAAGUCGGGAGCCACGAAAACCUUAAAGAAACCAUCAGCAAAUGCCGGGAAGAAGUGGCGAAGGUUGAGGAAGGAGAGUUAUUCCACCUACACCUACAAAGUGAUGAAGCAGGUUCAACCCGACACCAGCAUCUCCUCCGAGGCCAUGAGCAUCAUUAGCUUCUUCGUGAACAAUGCUGUCGAGCGCAUCACGGGUGAGACUUCCCGCCUGGCCCAUUACAACAAGCGCAGCACCAUCAGCUCCCAGGAGAUCCAGACCGUCAUGUGCCUGCUACUGCCCAGGGAACUGGCCAAGCUGGCCAUGUCCGAAGGGACUGAGGCGGCGACCAUGAACACCACUCCAAGCAAAACUCCAGAACGGACUGAAAAACAUCCAAGGCUUGUAACUUUCCAAUGUGACAACAGCUGCAGACAAUAGACCUAUUUUCAGAAGGCAUUGAAUACAAUGGUGAAGUGGGCAGAGGGGACAUGCCAUCUAACCAAAGCUGAUUCACUUUCACGUCUAAACAGUUUGUACCAAGCAGCUGAACUGGUUUAACUUGCCGCUUGUGGGAGGGUAGAAAAUCUCAAUCAAAAUCAAAUAAACAAUGGAGUUUAACCCACAAUUUUAAAGCUAGAGGGAGAUGUACUGCCAGCUGAGUUAUACUG